AUUUAGAUCCGCAUCUUGGUCCCAAAGAUACAAUGAGGUCCUGCGUGAGGAUCAUCUUGACCAGAUUUAGAUCCCGUUUUCGCUUUCACGGAAUGACUCCGCCACCUUUCUUGCGAGUUGAGUGCAGUCUUGGGCAGCAAGCAUCCAGACACGCACGCUCGCUGACUGUGGAUCACCUUGAUUUCCGCGUUGGAGGUAUUAGAGUAAUUCUACAGAGAUCCAGCGUCAUUUUUUAGGUCCGAAAGAUCUUCGACAGAAACGCUAGUGAAAACGCGGAGCCUCCAGAUGAUGGAAUUUAAAGACUGUGGCAGAUCCGCCGAGCUCGCUUUUCAACUCCGAAGUUUUCUAAAUUUUCUAAAUCGAACCACUCCACAAUUAUUGCCGAAAAUCUAAAUCUCUACUCACAGCCAAAGUCGUAUCGGGUACUUCUACACGAAUUUCGUAGAAACUUCCCGAUUUAGAUUUGUUCAAGCCUUCUCUCGUUAGAAGUUUGUUUCACCUAGUAUCACUCUUUUGCAAACAACACCCUCCACAAGAUGCCGAAGUACCACCAAGAUGAUGCCCGUCGUCAGAUGGACCAGAUCGAGACCGUGCGUAACGUGUGUAUGCUCGGAAGUAUGGGUCACGGAAAGUCCUGCAUCAUGGAUAACAUGGGAGCGCUGACCGGCUACCUGGCCGAAAACAAAAUUGGGGACCAGCUCUUCACCCUGUAUCAUAGCCAUUUUUAGAUUUAGAUUUGUUUCAUCGUUCCGAUUUAGCAAACUUGACGGUCGUUCUUCUUGAUUUUCGACCGCCGGACGAGAAACCUGGAUGGACCACCUGCCCCAUCGUCUUGAGAUUAGGUGCUGUUUCCUACAGCGCCAACAGCAAUUCGGCUUCGAAAAUUUAAAUUCGAAGCGAAGAAGGAAAUUCACUUUUAGAAUAGUAUUGUUUCUCCGGGCCGACCAAAUGUAGCCGCAUGUCGACGAGUCGCAAGGAUUUGGUGCGUUUUUCCGACAUUGUGAAUGUGAUAAUUUAAAUCCGCUUACAUACAAAAAUUUAGGUACCGUGCGGAUGAGAAGGAAAAGAAAUCCAAUUACAAGUGCAACCCGUGCCACUUCCUGCUGGACGCCAAGUACAGCGAAUUGAAGGGGGAAGUGGGCAAGCAGGAACUCGGGGAAGAGAAGGAUGGAAAAUUCAUGUUCUGCAUGCUAGACACCCCGGGACACAUCGAAUACUCCCCGGAGGUAUUUCUAUUUGACCUACGUGCAGCUUCUGGAAUUCUUUAAAUUUUUCGACGACCUUCGUCGACUUCUUUAAAGCAGUUUUGAUACUCACCCUUUACUCCACAAAGUGUCGAGAUUCUAAAAGCGAAUAAAUUUGAGAAGGCGAAUGAUAUGCCACCACUUAUCGACCGGACAUAAACAACUCUUUAUUCGCAAAAAUGAAAGGUCGCCGCGGGCUUGCGUAUGUCCGAUGCCACGCUUUGUACGGUCGGUGUGCAGGACGGCGUCGGUGUGAUGAUGGAAUACAUGGUCACGGACUCGCUGAAGGAGCGCUGCAAGCCGACCCUGUUCGUGAACAAGAUGGACAUUUCCAUCAUGGUGUUGGAAAAAACCGGCGAGGAGCUGUACCAGGACUUGUCCAAGGUCGUCGAAAACAUGAACGUCGCACUGGCGGGCGCGGAGAAAUUGAACCUGAAGGGAUUCAAUCUGGUGCCGGAACUCGGUAUAGAUAUUAGUUGUUUUUCUGCUGUGUGUCGAGGUACUAAGACUAACAGACAAAAUCAAAAGAGACGAUGAGAGGGUGCGGUUCAUCUGUGAGAGAUCUAUUCAUUGCGGUUUGAAGAUUUUCGGAUUUGCAUGCAUGCAAUAGGAUAGCCGUUGUAUCAAGACACCUGCUUUCUGGGGCUCUUUCCCCUGAGGUUGGUGUCUGCUUGGAGGAUUCAGGUCUGGCUGUUACUCCACAGUCGCACGUCCACGACGGUCUAAAUUGUCAGUUUGCAGGUGAGAGUAGCAAGUGAUAAUUUUGAUUCCCUCGUGAAAUCGCAAGAAACAAAAUAAAAGGUAACGUCGUCUUCGGAUCCGCUUACUACGGCUGGGCCUUCUCCCUGCGUCAGUUCGCAAAGAUGUAUGCCGCCAAGAUGCCCGGUAUGACGGAGGAGAAGAUGAUGAAGCGGUUGUGGGGCGAUCAGUUCUACAACCCUGCCAAGAAGACCUGGACCACCGUGGAGGUUGAGGGCAGCAAGCGCGGGUACUUAAUAUGGAGUCCUGUUUGUCCAUAUUCGACAUGUUAAUGAUUUUGCACUUACAGUUUCUCCUCCACUUGGAGGGCUGUGUCUCAAAUGUGGUUUGACUGUUUUGAACUCCUUGAGACGAGAAGGCUCAAGAACGAUAGAGCACUACGGACCCUGAGUAGUAGGACAUCGCAUUCGCAACUCUGGCUCAGGAGACGAUUUUUUUCGAAGUUGUUCACGAAAUAUGUUUUCUCUGCUACACAAAAAUCAGGUUCGUCCAGUUCAUCUUGGACCCGAUUAUCAACAUGCACAAGAAGAUUAUGGCCGAAGACGCGUCCUGGGAGGCUAUGGCCACCAAGCUCGGCGUGACGCUGAAGGCCGAAGACAAGAAGCUGAAAGGCAAGGCGCUCGUGAAGCGCGUGAUGCAGUCGUGGCUGCCGGCCGGCGAUGCCAUCGCCACCAUGAUUGCCACGCACGCCCCCAACCCGAAGGUCGCUCAGAAGCUGAAGAUCGAGCACAUCUACAAGGGCGACAUGGAGUCCGACACCGCCAAGGCGAUGGUUGCGUGCGACCCGAAUGGCCCGCUGAUGAUGCACGUCGUCAAGAUGACGCCGACCGGCUCCGCGGGACGGUUCUACGCCGUCGGCCGCAUCUUCUCCGGUGUGGCCUCCACCGAUAAGUAUCACAUCCGUGGCCCCGACUACGAUCCGGAAGAUCCGGAAACCUCCGCCUACGCGCAGGAGGGCCGCGCACAAAACGUCAUGUUGAACUUGGGAAAGGUAUUCAAUUCUAAUGAGAACUUUUUGUUGCUACGAAGUCAAGGAACGAUCUUCGGUCAUUUUCACGGAGACAGAAUAAUUAGAACGCCUUGUAGCCGAGUCGCUCUGGUGCUGCUGGGCCACCUCUAUUCCGUGGAGUAUAUCAUGUGGAAUGAACAUGAAGAAGGAGAUGAGCUUUAUCGGCGAUGUAAUUGUUAAUGCGAACAAUUUCUACAGGAAAUGCAACCCGUGAUGAACUGCCCGGCCGGCAACAUCGUGUCCCUGGGUGGUGUCGAUCAGUUCAUGAGCAAGUCCGCCACGAUUUCCUCCGACAAGAAGUCCUACAACUUCACCAGUCUGUCCUUCAACGUGUCUUGCGUCUACCGCAUCGCCAUCCGCCCUGCCGACAGCAAGCAGCUUCCGAAACUCGUUGAGGGGCUCAAGCGCCUGCAGAAAGCCGAUAUCAUCGUAAACUGCGUUUCCGAGCCAACCGGAGACCACAUUGUCAGCGGGUAAGAAUGAAAUCGGUUUUGUUUAUCGUUAUAUCAUUUUCCCCUGCAAUACACUGAUCUACUAAAACUUCAUUUUGUAGUUAGCACGAGAAAAACCGGUGGUGCUUCAGGUCAGCUAUGUCAGAGGUGCAACUUAGUAGAGACUACUCCGAUCAUGCUGGCGCUGCUGCGUUGAUCAAACAAAAAUCAAGAUGCUUUGUGGCUGGACUUCUGAUUGAAAUUGAAAAAACUUACAACCCCCCAGUUGCGGUGAGGAGCAUUUGAAGCUGGUGCUGAAGGACUUGAAGGAGGAGCACGCCGGUGUCGAUUUUACCCGCGGCGUCCCGACGGUGUCCUACAAGGAGACGGUGACCACCGAGUGCGCCAAGCCGGCGCUGUCAAAGUCCCCGAACAAGCACAACCGGUUGUACGUGAUUGCCUGCCCGCUGGGCGAGGAGGUGAGCCAGGCCAUCGAGACCUACAAGGUGAACAUGCAGCAGGACGUGAAGAAGCGCGCGCGCGUCUUGAUUGACGAGUACGGCUGGGAGAAGACCGACUGCAUGAAGAUCUGGGGCUUCGGACCCAACGACAUUGACGUGGGAGGCGCCAACGUGCUGGUGGACCAGACCAAGGGGAUUCAGUACCUGAACGAGAUCAAGGAGUCCGUCAACUCGGGUCUCCAGUGGGCCGCGCGACAGGGGCCGCUCGCCGAGGAGAACAUGCGCGGCGUCCGCUUCAACCUGAUGGACGUCAAGCUCCACGCAGACAGCAUCCACCGCGGUAUGGGACAGCUCCAGCCCACCGCCCGCCGAGUCUUCUUCGGCGCGGUCCUCACCUCCGAUGCGAGGUUUAUGGAACCGAUCUUCAAGGUCGUCAUCGCCUGUCCGGAAGACGUGGAACAGGGCGUCAACCAGGCAAUCAUGGCCAAGCGAGGUACUUACAACUUCUUCGUGAUUUUUUGUAGUAAUUCUUUUGCUUCUUAAAUCAGAAACUGUUUGUAAUUUUGGACGAAACCGUUUGCAUUUUCUCUACGUAUUAAUUCUUGAUCGCUCUAACGAAAACAGGUGAGCCGCAGUACACCGAGGUGAAGGACGGGAAGACGAUUGUUGUGGCCUUCCUGCCGAUCGCCGAGACGCUGGGUGACGACCCGUUCACCAAGGUGCUGCAGACCAAGACCUCCGGUAAGGCGCUGGCCACCUUCGCCUUCGAUCACUGGCAGCUGAUCCAGACCGACCCGCUCGAGAAGGGCUCCAAGGCCGAGAGCAUCAUGUUGGACAUCCGGGAGCGCAAGGGUCUCAAGGUCGAGCACCCGGACAUCUCCGAGUACAUCGAUCGCUUGUAAGAAGCGGGUCGUGCAGAAAACCAAUAGACAACAAACGCGCUGUAUUAUUGCAGGAACGUCGAGGUCGAUUCGGGUUCGGCCGCCGGAGGACAGGUGGAAGAUGAGGAACAAGCAGGCCGUUGUACUGCUUCCGUCUCGUUGUGCUGUCAUCUCCAGUUGCUUCGUAAGCUGGAGCUGCCGCAGUCGCACUGUACUUGAUAUGACCAGCCAAUUGGUGGAAUGACGCACAGAGAAGUUCUGAGUCGUAUUUUGCUAUUGAGAAAAACACAAAGUAGGGUCAUCAUGUUGGCUUUGUUCAGGUAUGAUUUAUCGAAUGUACUAUAGCUAUUUUCACACUAAAAUCUUCUUUUGGUAAAAUACGAGAAUACGUAUCGCAGUUAGAAUAUUGGAAUGUCCCAUGAAGACGAGUAUCGUUGUAGUCGUGCACACCCACCUGACGGACAAGAGUGAGCACGGCCGGAAAUUACUGCAGCCCAGGACGCACCUCUUGUCUGGAAGGUUCGCUUAGGUGUUUUGAGGACUGGUGCGUUCGCCCUGCGCUACCGGAUCCUCUAGCGUGUCUACUCAGACACGUCACGUUUCACACACUGAAAAUGAACAUCGACAUCACUGAAGGGACGCUGUAAACUUUUCAACUGUAUACUUCCUAUCUACCAAAAAACUGCUGAUGUUGCACGAAGGAUUGGUACGCGCCAUCAAAAAGAGCGUAGUAAGAGCUGUCUGUAGCUACUACAGCGCUCAAGUAGCACAGUAUGUAUUUCACCACAACUUUUCGAGGGCGCAUUAUACGUAGAAUGAUUGCUUAAAGGACCACCAAAAUCAAUUAAAGCGUAAACAUCAUCUGAAAUAAAUCAAACAAGAGCAAUCAAAAGAUUAACUGGCACGCACACGCCACGAACAGAUCCGGAGGCAAACGAGGCAGCGCCAGAGCCACGUGUGUUCUUUUUUCAAAUAGUCAAGCAUCAGUGUCGCUAUUUCGCCUGUAGAAGAAAAGUCCGCGCGCGCGUAUCCGACUGGUCGGUGCGUACGCGCGCAUCUGUAACUCAUUGGUCGGUG